GGACGCCCCGGGCGGGGCUACCUCCAAGAGCGGGGCCUGUGAACUUUAGGGUGCGGAGCUGCCGCGCGCGGAGUGGAUGGCGGGGCAGGUGAAGGACCGCGAGGCCUUCCAGAGACUCAGCUUCUUGUAUCAGGCCGCCCAUUGCGUUCUCGCGCAGGACCCGGAGAACCAGGCGCUAGCGAGGUUUUACUGCCACACGGAGAGGACCAUAGCGAAGCGGCUCGUCUUGCGGCGGGACCCCUCGGUGAAGAGGACCCUCUGCCGUGGCUGCUCUUCCCUCCUCAUUCCGGGCCUGACCUGCACCCAGCGCCAGCGACGCUGCAAGGGUCAGCGCUGGACUGUACAGACCUGCCUAACAUGCCAGCGCAGCCAGCGGUUCCUCAACGAUCCUAGGCAUCUGCUCUGGGGCGACCGGCCUGAGGCCCAGCUAGGGAGCCAGACAGAUCCCACACCACCACAGCCCCAGCCAAACACAGCCAACCCCAUCCCAGCCCACCUUCCUGAGGAGAAAGUGCAGCCUCAGAGCUCCAGUCACCAGUGAUGGAUUUACCCUACCUUCCAAAUAAACUUUAAUUCUGUUUA